GAUAUUCACUAUAUGCAAAUAAUCAUAUUUUUUUCUAUCUGGACUUUUUUGGUGAAAAAUAAAUUAAUAAUAAAUAAUGGCUCUCAAGCAGAAUAAAACAGAAGGAAAGUCUACAGAAAACGAAGGGAAAAAAGGAGAAACAGGAGGAGAAAGACGAGAAAACAAAAGAGAAAGAGGAGAAAACAGAGGAGAAGGAGGAGAAGGAGAACUACUAGAGCUCAGCAUGGACACAUGGUUAACUGUUUGUAAGGAAGAUGAAUUACCCCAGGAUUUGAGUGGUUUGAGCCUGGAAGAGUGUGAGGUCCUGGUUCCUAAUGGACCUGGAGGCUGGAGGAAAGUGUCAGCAAUUCUUCAUUGCCUUCUCAGAGAAGCGCGAGCAGGGCGAGACGAAGCAGAGCGAAUUCGAAGUGAAGCAUUUUGCAUAAAACGAGCAGCUGAGCUGGAUUGUCAGAAGGUUAGGUUGGACGCCAAGCAUCUGGUACAACGGGGAGAUAUGGACGCACAACAGGUAAAAGAACAGACGGAGCGUCGUAUUUGUGAGAUAAAGGAAUUGGCUGAGAGUAGGUUCAAAGAUCUGAGAAAUGAUUCAUUGCACAAGCAUAAUGAACAUGAUAUAUUACUCGGUAAACUACAGGCUGUAUUGGAAAGACAGGGAAAAUGUUUACAAGACUCUGAGAAAAUAUUUGAAGAUCAUGAAGAAGAAAUCAGAGAGAUCACAGAAUUUACAGAGAAAAAGUUCAGUGAGUUUGAAAGUGCAGUAAUUGAGGUUGAGGAGAGGAUCGGUAGGUUGAAGACGAUCAAUCAGGAGAUCAAUCUGGAUUUUGAUCAGAAAAUUAAAUCUUUGCGUUCAGAGUUUAGAACAGAAAUAGCAGACAAUAGAACACGACAAGUUUUGUUGAGUUUAAACUGCGUGGUUGGUUUAAUAUCUAUCCUUCUCUACAUUAUACUCUCAACACCAGGAGUAAUUUUUGAAGAAACAAAUUCCAGAUUUGUGUCCCAUGAUAACAAGCUGGAGGAACUAAAGGGUAGAAUAGAGAUGAAAAUAGCAACUCUAGAGAUAGAUACAGCAUCAGGAUUCAAACAUUCACAGAAGAAGCUGAGCUCAAUAGAUCAGAACCUUGAGCAAAGAUUGGAGUCAUUCAUCUCUAACUUCAAGAACGAGGUUAAACUUCUCCAGGAUAGGUUGGAGGUCGUGGAGGAUGAGCUGGAGGAUCAGGAGGACAAGGUGGAGAACAUCAAAGAGGGAACUGAAAUCAAUCUUAACAACCUCAGGUCAGAACUUCAAGAGGAGCUUAACCAGGCCUCUCAGAGAUUUGAUGAGUUCAUGAAACCUAAGAUUCUUCUCACUAAAACAGUUUCUAAAGAGGAUCGAAGGCGAGUUCAGGAGGGUGUCUUCUUAGGGUUGUAUGAGGAGACAGGACGGGUUGCAAAUAGGCCAAUAUUCUCAAUGAUAAAUGGCAAUUAUAAACUUUACUCUAAGGUUGAAAAUCAAUGGUUUGUUUCAACACUAAAUAAUUCUCAGGAGGAAGAAAUAUAUCUACAGUACAAUCCUCAGAUCCCAAGUAUCUCUACUGACAGAUGGAAGUAUCCGAGCCACAAAACCUCCCUCGUGCAUUAUUUACCGUGUUGCCGCAACAUUCUCUUAAAUCAAGUCGUCUUCGCUCUCACAGAUGGUAUACAGUGUGGUAGAGGAGUAUGGAGAUCAGUAGAGGAUCAGAACCUUGUGUUUCAUGAGUCCGGGAUAUGGAAGGUUGUUAUCAACGGUUCAGAGUUCAUGAGUGAGGUUAGUUCGAUCUGCCCUGCAGAUAUCAACAAGGAACAAUCUUUUGUCAACAAUGAGAGCAAUAAAGUUGACAUUAAAUGUCUUUAAUUGAUGCAUAAAUAAAUAGAUUUAAAAAGUAAAAA